AAGGGAAAUAACAUAAACAUGUACCGACAGUGUGUAAAAUAGCAUUUAUUCCUCCUAAACAAGGGCGAGUGCAGGUACACUACGUCAGCAAUGGCAGCAGGCCAAAAGAAAACCAGCACAGAGACCUGUGUGUUGCCGGGCUCCAGUGGAAUAAAUGGGGCAAAAGCUCCAGGAGUAACGCUUUCAGAAAGGAACUGUGACGGCAAGUCUUCUCGACUGUCCAAGAUGGCUUCAAACAUGCAAGAAAAGUGUGCAGCGUAUGUCCUGGCCCUCAGGCCAUGGAGCUUCAGUGCCUCACUGACACCUGUGGCUUUGGGAAGUGCACUGGCAUACAAACUGGAGGGCUCUGUGGACUUAGUCAUUCUGUUGGUGUGCGCUGUAGCCGUCUUGGUUGUGCACGGCGCUGGGAAUCUCGUAAACACUUAUUACGAUUUCUCCAAGGGAAUAGAUCACAAGAAGAGCGAUGACAGGACUCUGGUGGAUCAAAUACUCAAGCCACAAGAUGUAGUGAUGUUCGGGGCUGUGCUGUACUCUGUGGGAUGCCUCUGUGCCACAUUAUUGUUUUUCCUCUCAUCGCUGAGGCUCGAGCAUUUGGCUCUCAUUUACUUUGGCGGUCUCUCUAGCUCCUUUUUAUACACUGGAGGAAUAGGCCUGAAAUACGUGGCACUCGGUGACGUGGUCAUCCUGAUUACGUUUGGUCCACUGGCAGUGGUGUUUGCACACGCGGUACAGGUGGGUCACCUGUCUGUGCUGCCGUUGGUGUAUGCUGUACCCCUGGCGCUGCACACUGAAGCCAUCCUGCACAGCAACAACACGCGUGACAUGCACUCUGACCGGCAAGCUGGUAUUGUCACGCUAGCCAUCUUGGCCGGCCCGGCCCUCUCUUAUGUACUCUACAAUGUGCUGCUCUUUGUGCCCUAUGUGUUUUUUUGUGUGCUGGCUACACGUUAUACCAUCAGCAUGGCACUGCCGCUACUCACACUGCCCAUGGCCUUUCCUCUGGAGCGCCAGUUCCGCAGCCAGCACUACACCAAGAUCCCUCAGAAAACAGCCAAGCUUAACUUACUUGUUGGACUCUUCUAUGUCUUUGGGAUCAUUCUGGCACCAACAGGGAGUCUGCCAUUAUUAUAAAAUGUUUUUGUUAGAUUCUUUUCUUUGUAUAAUAAUGAUUAAAACAAAUUUUUUUUUUUUUAAAUAAGUUGUUAUAAUAAUAAUUGCAUUUUCUUUUAAAAGUACUAGGAUGUGUUCAGAUUAGAGCAAAUGCCAAUGUUGCUUCUGAGAUCCUGCAAAAAAUUCAGUACACUAGUAUACAAGUAAGACUUCUGUGGCUCAUUCAGUUAAUAUCCAAGUAGAAAAUAAAGAGGGUUUUCUUUUUGUUUGUUUGUUAUUAUUUUACUGUGAAAGUUUUAAGACUUUGCAUCUUUGUAGAAUUUUAUUUUCAUCUGAGGUUCAAGUAUGUUUAAUUUAUUGCUUAAUUUAUGCUAAAGAGCUAACCAACACUACAAUGGUUAAGGCGCUACUUGUCAAAGUCAGUAUUUUACAAAAGUAAGCAUAUUUAAAAUGUUGUAACUAAUCCAGUGCAACUGUCAUGUCAGGAAAGUAUUAUGCCCACAGAUGUCCAGUUCCCAGGUCCAUCAGUUACACCCUACAUAUACUGUGUAGGACCAGAUUUUGAGUACAACAACGUUACAUCAUGAAGUCAUUUCACAUUCAAGUAUGUUGAUACUGACUGUAUGUUGGCCAAAAUCAAUCUUUUUAACAUGGGAGGUUCAACACAAAAUGGGAAUGAAAUUGUAUAUAAAGAAAAUUGUUUGAUGAAAAAGAGAGAAGCAUCAGAUGUUAAAAAUAAACAUUUUAAACAGA